UAAGGAAAAUGACAUUGAAGUAGAUGUGAAAUUCCAACAAGCUUCGCGGUAUAAGACAUUGAUGACUGCAUUUAGAGCAGUAGCAAGUAGAGCUGCUGAAACUGAAGAAACAUAUGAUUUUUGUAUUGCACACCUUGCUACAUUAGGUGCAGAUGUUGAAGGCAAGUUAAGUGCUCAUUUUGGUAUUGGAAAUGAAGUAUGUAAUGAUAAUGAUACCCAAAGCUUUGAAGUGGAAUGCGAAGAUGUGAAUCAUGUUGUGCAACCAAAAGGAUUGAAGAAAAAUGUGGCAACUAGUAAGGGCAAAAGGAGGGUCAAAGGUGGAUUCGAAGCGGCGUUGGUAGCGAACUCCAAAAAAAAAUCCCGUGCUAAUAGCUUGGCUUCGUCACAAUCUAUUGCAAGUUCAACGGUUGCACCUUCUCCAUUAUCUGUUGGAGGAGAUAUAUAUGUUCGUGAACAUGUUCCUCCGCUUCAACCUCUUCCUCCCCUUCAUCCUCUUCCUCGAUCUUUGCCCAUGGGUGGUAAUUACAUUCCUCCGCCAUUGGUGUAUCCCACAUAUCAUGCGAACAAUUUGCGGGAGAUGUAUGUGGUGCCAAAUUAUUUGCCAACUCAACCAACAUUCCAAUCACUACUACAAGGUUCAUGUGGAUAUGACAUUGGGUUUCGAUAUUCUCAAGAAUCAACUACUCCAAUGUGUACUGAGGCUAUGGACAACCAUCAACAGAACCAAACUGAUGCUGAAAUUGGGCUGCAACGUGAAGACAUGGCCUCUUAAAUUGUGAAGCAAACUGUUGCUACAAAGUGAUGUUAAAGUACCAAUGUGUCAAUUUUUAAGGACCAAUGUAUUAAUUUAGAUGUUAAAGUUGUACUGGUUGAUGUUCAGUUACAGUUGAUUUUAAUUUAUAUGUUAAACCCAAGUGAA